CAGAAUUUGUGGCUCGUGAAGCCUGUCGACACCUGUCGAGGAACUGGGAUUCGUGUCCUUCGAGAUUUCCGCCAGAUGCUGUUAUUCGCCAAAACACAACAGCCUUCUUCGCAGGGUGGCGGCAGUCCGCGGUCCCGUGGGUACCGAGAUUACAUCGUGGGCCCGGAAUCACAAGCAUCUCCGAUUGGAUCACCCCCGAUGCACUCACCGGAGGAUGCGCUUAGGGUUCUACUGGGUACAGCCGACGACAAAUCGCCUUCCAGUCGCAUGCCUGGCGCGUCCAAGUCACUCGGAUCCAAGUCGAAGAGUGGAGUGAGCCUCUCCUCGUUACCAAAGCUCACUAGCUUGGGGAAAGCCUCGGCAGCGAAGAAUGUUUUCCAGAAGGUCGCGGCGGUUAGCUUACUGAGCGCAAAGAAGAAUUGCACACGCUCCGCAGCUUACGCGCGUUCUGUCGGUGUCAAGGAAUCGUCCUCCAGCAGUAGCAGUAGCGCCCCUGUGUCUGACGCGGACGAUGGCGACAACGACGACGAAGCAGCUGCCCGGCAGUGUAACAAGGACGCCGCUAGUAGCGGUAACUACCUACAACUCGACCACUUAGGUCGAGAGAUAGCAGAUUCCCCCUCCCGAGCGUAUCUUAUAGGCACCAAUCGUGGUCCGCCUUCGCAAAAGGAGCAGCGAAAAAAGUCAGGCAUGAGGACGGUCACGACGAGUAGAGGUGACGGGGGAGGUGCCAGCGGUCAUGAAGACAGAGCAACAACUUCGAAUUCGCCAGACAAUCGUUCUCCGGGAGAGCGUGGAGGCAAAGGAACUGUUGGCACAUCAGGUAGUUCUGCACAAGGCGCGGGGUCGCCAGGAGCGGUGGGGGAUCGGAGUAGCCCGCAGUACAAUCGUUUUGCCAGCUACACCAAGAACAUUUCUUCAACAUCGCAGCGCAACGAACAGCACGAGGAAAGCGACAAGGUAGCGGGUUUUUCGUCCGGCGCGCUGCCACGUGCGAGUCCUGCGAGCUUUUCUGAGUACAAUGAGGUAUCUGAGAAUUCCGUGACUAAAUGGCUUGCGCGCGUCGACGAUCGCGCUGAACGGCGUGUGCGCGGUAUGUGGCGUAGCACAGCAAUCAAUCGCAUUUUGCAAAAUCCCUUCGUGAAAAAGAACCUGUUGGCCUCGGACAUCGGCAAUUGGCGAUAUCUUGCACAGAAGUAUCUUGAGCACCCGCUCCUUAUUGCGCACGAAGGUUUCUCUACGUCGAAUUACUCUUCUUGCUACGCCUCGCCGUUUACUCGGAAAGCACAAAGCACAGGCCGAUUAGACGAGCCGCAGCGGAUGGAAAACUACAAAUUCGACAUCCGCCAGUGGGUGCUGGUGACCGGAUGGAACGAACCGCACCUGCGCGUGUGGUACUACGAGGAUUGCUAUCUGCGGUUUGCGACGCACCCUUACCAGGCUGAGCAGGCGGGCGAAGAUCUUCCUGAAGCGCUUGUUUCAAACCUCUUUGGUGAUCCUGCAGGUACUCAUGACCAACAUGACCAAGCUGCUUCCACCAAUGUUAUAGUGAAUAAUUCCAUGCAUCCUGGGGCCGGGCACGACUCCUUUGCGUGCGCGGAGAGUGACUCCGGGAUCGUGAGUGCAGCAGUGCCACCGAGCGGCGCGGCGAAAGUAGCGAAAUCGCCUACCGGGAAGUCAGCUGCUGUAGUAGCCGUAAGUGCGACAGCGUCGAGUGGCCCCUCUGCCUCAGCUAGAGUAGCGAGCAAGGCGGGUCGGCAGCAUGUGACGAAAGAGGCGGAUGCGGAUCAAUUCAUGCAUUUAACGAACAAUGCCGUGGUGAAAAACACCAAUGACAUCAAAGAUUUCGACGUGGAUAAGACGAUGUGGCAUUCGGAUCGCUUUGCUAAUUGGCUAGAGUUUCACCAAACGAACACUGAGGUCCGACGCAACUGCUCGUCUCCGCGGCGACGCCGGUGCAGGUCGGACGGCGGUGACACGGCUGCGAAAGACCACGGGGACGCUGGUUCGGAAGACGAAAUGGGUGACGCGGGUACUUCGAAUGAAUUUUACUCCAGCAUGGGGUUCCAGCCAUGCUCCCCCACACGGAGGUCGGAUGGCAGACACGACCACGCGCAACGGGCCAGCUCCUACAAUCACGACGCUAACGUCAGCAGCGCAAACGCGAGCGAAGCUCCGCCACUCACGUGGCGUUCCAUCAAGUGGCAAAUGAAGCGCCUUGUGUGGAUUUCACUUCGUGCUGCAGCCAAGCGACGACUAAUCCGAGACCGAAAAAAUAGCUUCGAAAUCUUUGGCUACGACUUCAUGGUGGACGAGAAGGGAAAAGUGUGGUUGAUAGAAGUGAAUUCCAACCCCGAUUUGAGUUAUUCUACGUCGACGACAAGGGAUCUAGUACCUUUGAUGCUGGCAGACGCA